AUGGCGUCGUCCAAGCGACUCCUCGUGUUGGCUCUCCUGCUCGCCGCCGUUUUCCUUGUCGCCUCAGCAGCUAACGAGCAAACCCAGCCGAGGAAGGACGACGAGAACAAAGCUGACGUGCAGGACUACCGUGGCGGCGGCUACCCGGGCGGUGGCGGCUGGCGCGGUGGGGGUGGCUACCCCGGCCGUGGCGGCUACCCAGGCGGGGGCGGCUACCCUGGCGGCGGCCACGGCGGCUACUGCCGGUGGGGUUGCUGCAACCGCGGGUACUACGGCGGUUGCCGGUGCUGCUCGCGCGCCGACGAGAUCCCGGAGCCCAUGUACCGCCCGGAGUUCACCGAGGUCCACAACUGA